AUGCCGCGGCGCGGGGCCGCCUCGCCAUGGUGCGGCCGUGCGUGGGGCUCCGUGGGCAGCGGGGCGAGGGCGGCCUCGCAGAGGGAGCAGGAGCCGCUGACCGGGCAGGAGAGCCUCAGGGCUGCGCAGGACUGGAAGGGCCCCCGAGCGCCGCCGCCGCCGCCGCCGCGAUCUCCCGCUCCGGCUUGCAGGAGCUGCGGCCGCUGCCGGAGGCGCUCCCGGCCCUCCGCCCGCGCGCAGGCCCUGAUCCGCCCCGAGCGGCGGCGUCUCCCUGCCCGAGGGCCGGUCCUCAGCCGCCCGCCUCUGCGGAGCGCCCGAGCCGGCCCGGCCUCCCCGCACGCACCGCCCGGCGCACUCCUCCGCCGGCUGCGGCCGGGGGAGCUUGGCCGGGGCCGCAGCCCGCGGGGAGGAGCCCAGCAGCGGCUGGCCGGUCAGCCUCGGCCCCGGGGGCGGGCUGUGCAAAGCGCGCCGGAGACGUCCCGCGGCGAGCGCGGCAGCCCCGAAGCUGCACGCCGCGCCUCUUCCUCCACUCCCGCCGGAGCCCGCGGACUGUCGCUCUGCAUUGGCCCCACCGGGCAGCAGCUCCCGGCCGGACUGCCCUUCCGCCCAGCGGCGCUGCCGUGCAGCCGUCCCCCGCGACGGCGCUCGCCCCGCGCGGCCCCGUCUGCUCCACGGCUCCUCGUCCCGCGGCCGCGUUUCCAAGGGCGCCAGGCGGCUGACAGGCACCCGGGCGGAGGGGGGGGCGCGUUUGGGGGUUGUCUCCGAAGCCUUUCCCAGGCCGGCUGCCUCUCUGCAAAACACCCCCCGAGGCGGGGGGGGGGGCAGAGCGGGGAGGGGCCCUGUCGGGCCAGUGCAGAGAUGGCACCUGUGAGCACCCAGGAGCCAGGCCUCUCCGCUGCACUCGCCCAGACCCCAAAAGAGGGUGCUUCUGCAGGCCUCAGGCAACCCAAAGGCUUGCCUGAGGAGCAGGAGGCAGGCAGCAGGCAGGGGCCACCGCCACACACACCCCGCAGCAGAAGGGUGCCUUUGCCACCCAUGGAGGGCAGCUGCUGA